ACCUUCACUUGUACGGUUCCUAAAAUUCUUCUCCGUGGUCAUUCUGGAGUAACACUGGGCAACGUCAGUGCUGAAACAUUCAAACGCUCCCAUGUUGUGCAUAUCUACACUGCUGUUUAGGAUUAAUUUAUUGGAUUGCCUACUUCUGGUCCUGUUAGUAAAGCCAUCAUGUAAAUAAUUGGCUCUUGAUUUUUAAUGCUGCAUGUCUAAAACCCCACCGAGACCCCUAUUGUUUUCCAAUCGACUGUUACGGCAUAUUUUAUAUUAUUCAACUGAGAAUGCUCUUCUCAAUAAUAACGCAGGUCUCCCUUUGUACGUACAAGUCCAAAUUUUGCUUGAAUAAAUGCAAAGUGGUGUCACUUAUCUGGAGUUGCAUUUUAUUGAGGGAUCACAUUAAUUGUCCAUGUUUAUGGUUGCAGAGACACUGACUGGAUUUGAGCUGCCAAAGAUAUCUGUAAAAUAUAUUCAAUGCAAAAAGAUGCCCAUACAUUUGAAGACAUAAGUGUCCUAUAUACAGUACAUUUUCUUUACCACUUUAUUUUGUUGAGGGUCAAGGGGAGCUGGAGCCUAUCCCAGCCGGCUUCGGGCGAAAGGCAGACUGCACCCUGGACAUGUCGCCAAUCAAUUAAAGGGCAUAUUUAGAGCGACGCAACCAUUCACCCAGUCACUGAGUUGGAAUGAGCUGCCUGUACCGAAGUCGGAGAGAACCAACUACACCAGGUAUAAAAAGCUGCAAUGCUGACUCGCUCUUCACAACUCUGAACAUGACCUUCCUGCUUCAACUUCCUGCUACACCUACAAGAGUGGACUUCCAAAUGUUUGCCUUGGUCAUGCUGCUGCUGUCUAGCCUGGCCAGCUGUGCGGUGGAUAGCUUCAUGGUCAAACAGGACUUUGACCCCAAAAGAUAUGCAGGGAAGUGGUACGCCCUGCAGAAGAAAGAUCCAGAGGGUUUGUUCCUUCAGGACAACAUCUCUGCGGCGUACACUGUUGGAGAUGACGGCGCCAUGGUGGCCUCCUCCAGGGGCAGAGUCACUCUGUUCGGGUUCUGGGUUGUUUGUGCUGACAUGGCUGCUCAGUACUCUGUGCCUAACCCUGAAAGCCCAGGCAAGAUGUUCAUGAACUACCAGGGACUGGCCAGUUAUCUGUCCAGUGGAGGAGACAACUACUGGAUCAUUGACACAGACUAUGACAACCAUGCCAUCACCUACACUUGCCGUGAAGGAAGCUGCGAGGAUGGUUACGCUGGCCUGCCCCCUGCUGUCCAGAGAAUUGUGCAUCAAAAACAGGAGCAUAUUUGCAUGGGGGGAAAGUUCCAGCCAGUGUUGCAGACACUCCUCCCCUACACAAGUUUGGAAUAAUUUUAGGUGGUGGAUGUUUGAACCAUUUGUUUUCCUUCUCAUCAGGAGCUUGCUAAACAUGUUCCAACCAGCAGCCAAAGACAACUUCAUUAGU